AUGUACAAUUCUUCUCUAACUUCUCACACAGUUUCCACGCACGAGCUUACUGACCCCCGUGGUUCGAACUCGACCUCUGCCUGUCGACUUUCCCUGCCGUGGCUCGGGCAACCUGGCAGUAUCUCAGCCCUUGUACUUCCUCCGGAUGGCAUGACAGCUAGGCACUGGAAGGAGAUCUAUCCAUGUUCUUCGUCUAUGACUUUCGCUAAAAUCUCUGUUUCAUUUCGGACAAUAGUCCUCUCAUGUCUGACCCUUAUCCUAAGCCCAGUAGCUGCCAGUCUAACCGGAUACACCGAAGCCAUUCUGCCAGAAUUUGUUUCGUUACCGCCUGUUAGACAAGUCUACAUAGGUUCUCACGUACCCCUGCCGGAAAUUCGUAUCACUUGUCACGCUUGGCCGCCGCCACCCCUUGGUAAUGUCACCUACUACACGAGAGCCAGCCGGACUGCUGGAGGCUCGGGUCCUCGCUUGCAUUAUCAGAUCCCGUUGCAUCCAUUAGCCAGCUCGUUGAUGGACAGUAAUGGCUCAACGAUAAUCCUCUCCAGUGCAGACAGCGCACGCUCUCUUGCGUCCUCUGACUUACACUGUCUUGCGAGCACACAGUUUGGUGCAGUCUUGAGUCCGCCAUUCCGCGUCGUACUAGCAGAUCCCAACAGGCAUUCUGGACAAUUGGUUAUCCAACACGCUGUGGAACAUUGGACAACGGUCAUCCGUUGUGAUUUGCCCCCGACUACGUCCAGCGAUUCUAUACAGUUCACUAUCAAUGGGACUAGGAUUGAACCCAUUGCUGACAAGUACCGAGUUAUCGGUUCUCCAGGUAUCCCGGGCAAAUUUAACUUGGUCAUUCGCGCGUUCGAUGGUUCCGAUGUCGGAGACUACCGGUGUUUCACUCGUGAUCCACUCACUGGCACCGAUUGGUUUGACAGUCGAAGAUAUCAACUCACUAUGCACGAAUCCUCCUUUACGGCAAAGAGUCUCCUGUCGGCCGAUUUCCCUCAACCAGUUCUCUCAUCCGGUACGUACACUCCCAACAUUGUGGUCAAGCAGGGGCAACUGGUCUCCUUGCUGUGCAUUCCUCCAGUUCCGUUUGCAACCAACGCUUUCUGGAUUGGUCGACGCCCGCCGACACGUGCAAGUGGUGGUCGGAUCCAAUUGGAUCGCCUAUUCGGUAUUCUUCACAUUGCUCACGUGACCACGGAUGAUGAAGGUGCUUACUAUUGCUCGAAUGGGAACUGGACCUCGUCAGUCAUGUUGAAGGUUAAGCGCACUCCCCAGGUUGUUAUCUAUCCACCGGAGGUGCGUCAACCACCUGGGACGGAGGUACGCUUGACAUGCGUUGGAUCUGAGCCGGUGCCUCCUGUCUGGUACCAUAAUGGUCGCGUGCUUACUUCCACAGUGACCUCGACGGGGUCGAAUUCUUCACUUCAUAUCCCCGCUGUAUCCGAUUCCACAAUCGGCGUGUAUCAGUGCAUCCAGCCGGGAACAGAUGGAGACGAAUGGGCCAGUGCACAGGCGAUCGUUCAUUACGAUUAUGAUGCGAUUCUGCGUAAAGCCGAUUUCGACCGAAUCACCUCCGAAUCUCGCAGGCCUAUUCACUUGCCGCCCAUUCUACUCUCUGUCCCGACUGGUAAGUCCACUCGGCUGAGCUGCACUCUCUCCGGACAAAAUCACAGUAUCCCAGCCGGUGUUCUCACAUCCGAUGUACUACCCGGUAUUAGUUCAGCAGCCAAACGACUACGGCUAGCCGAAGCUUUGAACUAUGUUCAGAUUCACUGGAAGAAAGAUGGAGUUCAACUGCAGUUGCCAACACAGCAAUCGUUGCUGCCACCUGACGAAUUCGAGCUCGAUGUGGUACGAUCACGUGACUUUGGCGUUUACGAAUGUACGGUGACUACGACCAACAGUCGUGUUCUUUUUACGCAAGUCAUCCACGUAAAACCCUCGGAACCCUGGGCUACUAAUCAAGGCUCCAACCUGGAUCCUUCGUUGCAGAAUUUCCAGUUUAAAUCCGAAAUUCAGAGCAUGGCAAAUGAACUGAGACCGAUGGCGGGCUUGACGAGCAUGGAUGAUCAGGGUGACAGAGGUAAACGGAAUACGCAACAGGCUCUGCGUUCUUCAGUUGCAGAUCCGUGGUAUUCCGGUCCAGUCGAUGGUUUACAUAACGAAGCGUUUCAUGACAUGAAUCCGGACGCUUGGCUCAACAGUGAUCCCGAAACUCCCGGACACAUCUCUCGUUCCCUCUCUGACAGUGACUCUGGUGUCUCUCGUCUGUCCAAACCCAAUGCAGAACCAGUUGGUGACAAUUUGGCGGUUCUUAUCUCCUGGUCGCCUAUACCGACAGACUACUAUCAAAUUCAAUACAGGCACCGGCUACCUAUCGAUCAGCGAUGGUCCAAGGCUUUUACGGCUGAAAGUGUGAUCAAAGAAUGUUGUGGCCAGAAUCCAGCUUGUUGCACCCAACAGAAACAGUUCUAUUUCACAAGUCGUCAACCAGCCAGUCUAGAGCCUGGCCGUCGGUACCAGUUUCGUGUGGUGGCUUAUGUCCAACAGUCAAUCAUGGGCAAAAGUCCAUGGUCUCAGACAAUCAGCUUUGAGUAUAUUUCCAAGGUUGCGCCUGUAUUUACGGAAACCGAACGACUGCCCGAUGGAGGAAUGGUCGCGCGAUGGACUCUGUCUACCUCGGCAGUCGGAUUUCCCAUCGAUCAUUUUUUGCUCCUGUGUCGUAAAGAAGAACGGUAUUCGAAUGGGACCGUGACGUACAGUCCUUUUCAACAUAUAUUUGUUCCAGGAUCAGAUACUCGAGUGAGUUGUUCUCUGUGUUUUGUCAAACCACCUGCUGUACUCAUAAGGUUGCUGAAAACUCUUCGACAGCCCAUGAUCUCACUCACCUUUCUUGAGGCUCAUCAGGUAGGCUCAGUCUUCGAGUUCUACUUAAACCCAAAUUUCGUGAGAUUAGCGAAAUACACUCACUUACAUACGAAUUUGGUUUUGAGGGUAGACUACAUGGAACCCGCUGAAUCUUUCGUUUAUGGUGAGUGUAAGCUGCACAAUUUGGAACCGGGUAAAGGCUACCAGUUGGUAGUUUACGGUGUUCACACCCCACCUGGAAUGGAUCCACAGGCUGUCGUGUUCAAAGGUGGUAUAGGUGGUCGACGGAUCACGCAAUUCAGCCACGAGAUAUUCGUCAAACCACAGGUCACUCCUGGUGAGAUUAGUGUUCCCGAAACGCACCAUGUAGGCUCAGUCUUCGAGUUCUACUUAAACCCAAAUUUCGUGAGAUUAGCGAAAUACACUCACUUACAUACGAAUUUGGUUUUGAGGGUAGACUACAUGGAACCCGCUGAAUCUUUCGUUUAUGGUGAGUGUAAGCUGCACAAUUUGGAACCGGGUAAAGGCUACCAGUUGGUAGUUUACGGUGUUCACACCCCACCUGGAAUGGAUCCACAGGCUGUCGUGUUCAAAGGUGGUAUAGGUGGUCGACGGAUCACGCAAUUCAGCCACGAGAUAUUCGUCAAACCACAGGUCACUCCUGGUGAGAUUAGUGUUCCCGAAACGCACCAUGUGAACUCGGGAACAGGUCAAGCGAGGACAGAGAAUCAGCUGAUUUUCAACUCGACCGAAUCGAAUCGCCUAAUGUUCCUCAUCCUCGGAGCUUUGGCUGGAAUGAUGUUGAUCAUUAUGAUUUGCCUGGUAAUACUUUGUGUCUGGCGUCAGCAACGAGACAAACGUCGUUUAUUGGUGUACACAAGCGCGGCUGCUAAGCAAGCAUCGGCAACCAAAUCGCCUCCACCUGGUCAAGCUGGGCACCAUACUGCCCCGCAGAACUUCAUGUUGGAACAUCUUAAUACGUUGGACACCCACAGACGUCGUCACGCAUCUGAACACUCGAGCGCGUUUCAUCCACAACCUCCACCAAUGAGCCCACCACCUCCCCCACCGAAACAUGCCAACCAGCGCGAUGUGGAACUGUCUAGCCUUCUGUCUGCUCCUCCAGGAAUGUACCCAUAUCCGGGCCAGUUAGUCCCAUCGUCUGCUAAUCUCCAUGCGCCCUUUAAUAACACCAACCCCGAAUAUGCUUACUGGAUCAAUCAACACGUAGGAGCCGGUGGAACCACCCUACCGAUGACUGGGUCCAAUUAUUCCGGACAGUUUAUGGUUCCCGGGAAUUAUCCAAACGGCAUGAACUCGGUCAACAACCAACCUCUAAAUCCUCCAUUUGGUCUGAAGCGAGAACCUCCGAGUGGUGGAUCUGUUCAUGAUGGAACAGACACUCCACCUGGUCAAGCUGGGCACCAUACUGCCCCGCAGAACUUCAUGUUGGAACAUCUUAAUACGUUGGACACCCACAGACGUCGUCACGCAUCUGAACACUCGAGCGCGUUUCAUCCACAACCUCCACCAAUGAGCCCACCACCUCCCCCACCGAAACAUGCCAACCAGCGCGAUGUGGAACUGUCUAGCCUUCUGUCUGCUCCUCCAGGAAUGUACCCAUAUCCGGGCCAGUUAGUCCCAUCGUCUGCUAAUCUCCAUGCGCCCUUUAAUAACACCAACCCCGAAUAUGCUUACUGGAUCAAUCAACACGUAGGAGCCGGUGGAACCACCCUACCGAUGACUGGGUCCAAUUAUUCCGGACAGUUUAUGGUUCCCGGGAAUUAUCCAAACGGCAUGAACUCGGUCAACAACCAACCUCUAAAUCCUCCAUUCGGUCUGAAGCGAGAACCUCCGAGUGGUGGAUCCGUUCAUGAUGGAACAGACACCGAGUGCGAUUUGCCGGACCAAGGAUUGCAUCAGCAGCUUGGCUAUCAAGUCACCAGUAUGGCACACAGUCCGUUUCCCAUGAAUGGUAAUAGCGCGUCCAAAUAUCAGCCACCUUCUGUUCUCUCUAUGCCUGCAAUGCGCCAACCUGCAAACACCGCCCAGCUCAUUUUUGACCCCCGUACGCGGCAAUAUCAUCACACGUUACAGCAUCUAUCUUACGCACAACAGCCCCACAAUCAAUGGUCUGGCUACAAUCCGGGCUUGAUGACGCCGCCUCCCUUCAACGAGGAUCCGAAUGCUUACCCUGGUUACGGCACGGACACUGCUUCACCGGGCUAUCCUCCUGCUCACUUGCUAAGUAGUGAACAGCAGUUUCUCUUGCCUUCCUUCCAGCCGUACACCGAAAGAUAUCACCAUCUUGGUCGUCAACUUCCUAACCCAAAUGCGUUCCAGCCCCCUUUACCGGAAGGUCGUUUUCUUCAGCGUUCCACCUCGAUGACAGCACAGUUGCACUAUCAUCAACAGCAUCCUGGCACACAUACAACGUCACAGGAGGCCAACCCGAGCGAGUCGCUGCGAGGUGCCACCACGCAUGUGUCAUCUGUACGAGGCCACGCCCCCUCUCAGGAAGCGGACUUUCCCGAUCCAGCCACGGCCAUGUCAUAUGAUACGUCAAGCGCCCGAAAGCAACGCCGCCGUCGUCGACGUCUUACAGCAGAACUUCGCAAUCAAACUCAGCCUGGAAACGGGCCCCAUGGAGUCAGUGAACCGCUGAUGACUUCCUCACCAGUUACGCCAGAUACACGAGGAAGUGCUAAUCCAAUAGAUCAUGGCCAUGUAGCAUCCUGUUUUCAACAUGCACAGUCUUCGGAUGCAAAAACAGACUCUUGUAAUCGCCGGUGCCCUGAGCACCGAACCGAUGCCUCAUUCAACACACAGAUGGACUCAACCCACCCCUUGCAAGCAGGCUAUAGCAGACAUCCUAACGAUGAACUUCCUCAACCUAAUCUUCAUGGACUUCAAAUGACUCCUCAUUGGCCCCAAGUAAUACAUCAUGACGAUCCGACUCACUUUCCCGGACUAUUAAACCAUGGGCACCACAAUCCCGGCGCCUCAGGCAGUGUGACUCGCCCAAAUUGGGUCAACGGGCUCCUACCUGAUCCUCCACAUGUACGAGACUAUUCGGAAUAUGGUAUUCCAAACCUGCAUACGACGGCACUCAACACAAACGACAGUGACGCGAACGACUCCCCGGAAUUACUGACCAACGACGGUAACUCAGUUCAUCCAAAACAUCUGACGACACCAAGCAACAGACCAUUAGUAUCCAAUCACAAUUCCGACAAUUUUAUUCCCUGUUGACGCACAUUAUUCAUUUGCUUCUAUGCGCCACUCUCAACCGCAUAUUCCAAAACUCAUAGAUACUACUUUUAUCGUUACUAGUGGUAGUAGUAGUAUAUGAUCCUCGAUUCCGUCCGGUUUACCACCGUAGACCAAGAACAGCAAUCCUGCCCGUCCAAGGUUCUUCGCAUUUCCUCCAUUAAUACUAACUAGUACAAAUAACCGAGCCCAUCGAUUCCAUUUUUCUUCUACGCGCAUUUCUCUGCCUUCCAAUCCUGCUAAUUUUUGUCAAGUUCAGUCGUUUUUUCACCCCAUUUGCUCUUUCCAUGCCUUUAUCUAUCAUUUUUAAGCCUGUCCAACGAGACCGACUAUCAAGACAAACAAAGACGUGCUCUGUUUAUCUGACCUUAUUGUUUUCUUCACUUGUCACCUCAUGCUGUUUUUUAGUCCAUCAUCAUGUAUGUACAUACGCAAAGUAUAUAUUUUCAUAUGCCCCAUUUUAUUCCUCAUUUUACUGGCCCUGCUCCCCCCCUCUCUCGGUUUUUUCUGUUAAAGGCAGUCUUAGUAGGCCUUUUGUUUACGCGCUCACUUAUUUGGAGCUUAAAACCGUGUUGUGUACAGUUUAGUCAACAAUUAACCACAUUCGUUUUUCUGUGCCAAGUAAACAAAACUG